AUGAUUUUUGUAAAUUAUAAAUUUCUUCUCGCAGUCUUUGCUUGUUUGGUAAUUGCUGGCUCAGCAGAUCCCUGCGGUCCAACUUGUCGAUAUCCCUGUGAGGCAAUAACUCCUGGACAUCCUGAAGAAAGGCAUUGCAAGCAGAAUUGCGGUUUCGGACAAGAUUGGAAGUGCCGCAAAUUCUGUCGCUGUGCCACCGAAAAGACAACAACGCCACCAACAACAACAAUACAAGACGAAACAUCAGAGAGUAACGAACCCUGCGGUCCAACUUGUCGAUAUCCCUGUGAGGCAAUAACUCCUGGACAUCCUGAAGAAAGGCAUUGCAAGCAGAAUUGCGGUUUCGGACAAGAUUGGAAGUGCCUACACUUCUGUCGCUGUGCCACUGAAAAGACAACAACGCCACCAACAACAACAAUACAAGACGAAACAUCAGAGACUAACGAACCCUGCGGUCCAACUUGUCGAUAUCCCUGUGAGGCAAUAACUCCUGGACAUCCUGAAGAAAGGCAUUGCAAGCAGAAUUGCGGUUUCGGACAAGAUUGGAAGUGCCUCAAAUUCUGUCGCUGUGCCACUGAAAAGACAACAACGCCACCAACAACAACAAUACAAGACGAAACAUCAGAGACUAACGAUUCCACUUGA